GGAGUUGCUUCAAAGUUUUAUUGCCCCGCUCCUCGUCGGGACGAAUCCUCGAUCUACACGAUCUUCCUUUCUUUUUUUUUUAGUUUCUGUAUUCAACGCGAGGGAAUACGUCAUUGCACUCCCAGCUGACGGGUCGAAGCCGGGGUGAGACCAAAAGGCCUUAAAAAUUUUGAGGCUGUUCGCAACCACGAAAGGACACAUGUGGACGAGCUCCUACAGGCUGUCCAAGUUGGUGGCUGCCUCGAGAUGACGUCAUCCCUGUGGAGUAGCAUUGUGUUGCUUGGUUUCGCACGGGUAGCUGUCACAGACUAUUCUGCGGAAGAAUGGUCGUUGCGAGAAGCCACUCAAAAGCACUACGUCUGUAGGACUAAGGUAUGCAGGCACAAAGCGAACCAAAUAAGGAAGACCCUGAGCAGAACAGUGGAGCCAUGCGACGACUUUUACGAAUACGUGUGCAGCGGAUGGAAGAAGGCUAAUCGCAUUCCGAGCGACAGAUUUACGUACGGGACUUUUAAGGAAGUGGACGAAAAGCUCACCAAGGACCUGCGCGCAAUACUCGGCAAGAUACCGCGUCGUGGCGGCUUCAAGCAGACCGUCACAGACAAACUUGGCAUUGCCUACAAGUCUUGCGUGGCCAACGAUCGCCCCGGCCGGAGAAGUUUAGAGGAGUUUAGAGCAAUCCUAGCAGAAAUGGGCUUCGCGGAGUGGCCUCUCGUCGGUGAGCAGAAGAGGAAGCCAUUCGACGACUACAAAACGGUGCUGCUGACGACGAGAAUGACACCCCUCUUCAACUUCUACGUGGCAAGAGACAUGAAGGACCUCUCGCGCAACAUCAUCAGGCUCGACCAAAUCAGCUUCUCACUAAUUGGACGAAACGAGCUAAUUCAACCGAAGAAUGAGACUUACAGAAAAAGCGUCCGAGCUUACAAGGCUUUGAUACGAACUGCUCUGCGCCUCAUCAACCCGAAGCUGAAGGCUGGCACUGUGAACGUCCUCACCGAAGAAAUAUUCGCUUUCGAAAGCGAGUUAGCCAAGAGAACCGCCUCUAAGGAGGAGAGGAGGAACAUGUUGAAAAUGUACAAGAGAAAAACAAUACGCGAACUCGAAAAGACGUUUGCCGGACUGCCACUGUUGGAGCUCCUGAACAAGGAGUUUUCACUGGUGAACAUAACGCUCAACAAAGACGAACCAGUAGCAAUUAUGGCCAUGAGCUACUUCGCCUCGACAACAAAUUUCUUGAAGAGAGCGAACACGCGAGCUCUGUUCAACUACAUGGGCUGGCGUGCGGUGCUCACGAAGGCAAGCCACGUUUCCCAACGAUUCCGAGACGCCAAGCUGGAUUUCAAUAGAGCUGCCUUAGGACAGGAGAAGGAGCCUCCACUCUGGAAGACUUGCGUCAAGCUUACGUCAUCCUUAAUGAAAGAAGUCGUCGGUCGCCUUUACGUCAUCAAGAGGUUCAGUGCACGCUCCAAACAAAACGUAGAAAAACUGGUGGCGAGCAUGAAGAGCACGUUUCAAAAAAGACUGAAGAGCAUCAAGUGGAUGGAUAAAGGAACCAAACGAAGAGCAGAACAUAAGUUGAAGAAAAUGACACCCAAGAUCGGCUACCCGAAGUGGAUUUUGGACACCGGGUUCCUGGAACACCUUUACAGACACCUUGACCGCUUGGAGCAUCAUGAACCGUUCGUAAGAAUCUUGGAAAAAAUAAGCGAGAACAACAUCAAGAACUCUCUUCUCGAACUGCGCCUGCCCUUCAAUCAGACGCUUAGGUGGUACACUGGCCCUGCGUUUGUGAACGCUUUUUACAGUCCCGACAAGAACGAAAUGAUUUUUCCAGCAGGGAUACUGCAAGGUGUGUUCUACCAGGAAGGUCUACCAGUUUCACUGAAUCUCGGAGCCAUCGGCACAGUCAUCGGCCACGAAAUGACUCAUGGAUUUGAUGAUCGCGGAAGCCAGUUCGAUGGCGACGGACGGUUGCACCGGUGGUGGAGCAAGCAAACACGGAAACGCUUCGUGAACAAGGCGAAUUGCUUCGUGAGGCAGUACGGCAGCAUUUUUGACCCCGCGGCAAAGAUGUUGCUCAACGGCAAGAAUACUUUAGGUGAAAACAUCGCCGACAACGGGGCCGUCAGGCUUGCGUACAAGACCUAUGAAUACCUGCUGAAGACGUCCAAAACUCACGAUGUCCGACUUCCGGGCUUAGAAAAGUUCUCGGGCGAGCAGUUGUUUUUCAUCGCAAACGCUAUGGUCUGGUGUGGGAAAUCUCACAAGGAAGCCCUUCAGCAGCAAAUUCAGUACGACGCUCACAGCCCAAAAAUGUACAGAGUCAACGUGCCUUUGCGGAAUUUCGGCGCCUUUUCAAGAGCGUUUAAAUGCAACAGAACAUCGGCGAUGCACCCUAGAAGCACGUGUGUUCUUUGGUAGACAAGUAAUUUGUGGACCCCAUCGGACAAAAUUCUAUUUUCGCAACUAACCAUAUUUGCAAGUAGGACAAACGUACAUCGCAAAAUAAAGCUGAAAUAUCGGAAA